CCACCAACUUUGUUCUUGUUUGGGAAACUCUUAUAGCAAGUGAACUGUCCAUCCUCUCUCUUCCUCCCAACGGACUUCCCAAAGCCUCUCUAUUUCUAACCUGUAACCAAACAAACAAUAAAUAGAAACCAGAGCGCAAAGCCAGCAAGCAACCUGUGACACACACGGACGGAAAAUUCUCCGAAACGCAAGAGUGAAACAUGCAGGCAUCUGUGUGUGCAGUUAAAGGCACUGCCACCAGCAGCAUAAGCGUCGGUUGUCGGCAUCGUAACCGGAGGAGUUUGCUUGCCGCCAGUGGUCUUGCCGGUGGUUUUAACAAGAGAAGUUCACUAUCACUGUCGGCCUUGUCUUUAAACAAUAACGGCUGCAUGAAUUGCGGGAUCAGUUUCUGUGGACAGCGUGCAGCUGAUUCGUUCUCAAUGGGAACUGAGCUCGUGCGAACUGCUUUUUCUAGGUCCCUUCCGAUUAAAGCUCUGUCCUCCGAUGAUGAUAUUGAAGAAUCUGCUCCUAUCCAUCCUCAGAGAAAAUCUACUGGAACUGUCUUGCCAUUCGUCGGUGUUGCUAGUUUGGGAGCUAUUUUAUUUGGUUACCAUCUUGCGGUGGUAAAUGGUGCUCUUGAGUAUCUUGCCAAGGAUCUUGCGAUCGCUGAAAAUACUGUCCUACAAGGAUGGAUUGUUAGCACGCUACUUGCUAGUGCCACUAUUGGUUCAUUUACUGGGGGAGCGUUGGCUGACAAGUUUGGCAGGAUAAGAACCUUUCAGUUAGAUGCAAUCCCUCUCAUAAUUGGAGCAUUCCUUUGUACUACAGCACAGACUGUUCAGACUAUGAUAAUUGGUCGUCUACUUGCUGGUAUUGGAAUUGGCAUAUCUUCAGCCAUUGUUCCUCUUUAUAUAUCUGAGAUUUCACCAACUGAAAUUCGUGGUGCACUGGGGUCUGUAAAUCAACUUUCCAUAUGUAUUGGGAUUCUGUUGGCAUUGGUGGCUGGAUUACCAUUAGCAGGAAAUCCUUUAUGGUGGAGAACAAUGUUUGGCAUUUCUGCUGUCCCUGCUAUUCUAUUGGCUUUGGGAAUGGCAUUUUCUCCAGAAAGUCCUCGUUGGCUUUUUCAGCAAGGAAAAAUUUCUGAAGCAGAACAAUCCAUAAGGAUACUCUAUGGUAAAGAAAGAGUUCCUGAGGUUAUGCAAGAUUUAGCAGUUGGAGGUCAAGGUUCUGCAGAGCCAGAAGCAGGAUGGUUUGAUCUAUUUAGCAGCCGCUAUUGGAAAGUUGUGAGUGUUGGUGUAGCACUUUUCUUUUUUCAGCAGCUGGCUGGGAUAAAUGCUGUAGUGUAUUAUUCCACUGCUGUGUUCCGCAGUGUUGGAAUUGCAUCUGAUGUUGCAGCAAGUGCUCUUGUUGGGGCAGCAAAUGUCUUUGGCACAACCGUGGCAUCAUCUUUAAUGGACAGACAAGGAAGAAAAAGUCUUCUGAUUAUAAGCUUUUUGGGAAUGGCUGCUUCAAUGUUGCUGCUUUCUUUGUCCUUCACUUGGAAGGUACUGGCACCGUAUUCUGGCACACUUGCUGUUCUUGGGACCGUUUGCUAUGUGUUGUCCUUUUCACUUGGUGCCGGUCCUGUACCUGCUCUUCUUUUGCCGGAAAUAUUUGCCUCCAGAAUCAGAGCAAAAGCAGUUUCUUUAUCCUUGGGGAUGCAUUGGAUCUCAAAUUUCUUCAUUGGUCUCUAUUUCUUGAGCGUUGUAAACAAGUUUGGAAUCAGCACUGUGUACCUGGGAUUUGCAGCCGUUUGCGUUCUUGCAGCCUUGUACAUAGCGGGUAACGUUGUGGAAACGAAGGGAAGAUCCCUGGAGGAAAUAGAGCGUGCUCUUAACCCUGCAAUUUGAUUUGGAUAUUUUGAUUAGUGCACGUGGUAAUAAUUUUUAUGUGGCUCAUGAUUGGUCUGAAGACGUGGUGCUUUUUCCUUAUUUUUGUGGAAGGUUUCUUUGUUGUCCACUUGUAUUGAGUGUACUGGGGAAUGUUCUCUUAUCCUCCAUUUUCCUGUCAAAUCUUCAGCUGUAACCAGCUUCGAGAGUACUGUCUUUGUUAUGUAAAUUUGGACUAGAAUUUUGGGCAAAACCAGUUUAGGUAGAUGGAGCUGUAAUAAAUAUACUCGGGAAUUUUGCCA